AGGGAUCAAAAAGAAUCUUUUAAUGGCCAAAAAGCAAUUCGGUUUGAAUUUUGAACCUGAAGUGAAAGCGCCAGCAGAUUUUAUUUUAGUCCAAAAAAAGAUAAUACCAGAAGAAAAGCAGGUUCAAAUCAACAAGUUUUUAAUGAAUCUAAAAAAAGCUGGGUUAGCCGUUGAAAUCGUUGAUGGCGUAAAAUACACCGAUUAUUAUUUCGUUAAACUUAAAGCUUCCGAAGAAUCUUUAAAACACCUCUCAUCCGUUCACGGCUUAUUUCCAACUUACCAACAUGACAAAACCAUGCCGCAUUAUACAACGAAAUUUAAAUGUUUUAAAACCCAGAUUUUGUUAAAACCGAAUCUUCAAGACCCGAUGUUUCAAAGAUGCAGUAAUUCAGUUCGAGGUGAUAAAAACGUAACGUUUACAAGUGCCGAAAGAAUUUUGUUGAUUAACGCUGUUUUGUCAAGAACAACUUAUGGAUUAUUAAAAGAUGAAUUUGGUUUAGGAAAUUUAUUGGCUAGUAAACAUUUUGAGGACGCUUAUCCUUUACAUGACGGUUCAGAAAUAUGGACUAAAACUGGCCCAUUAAAUGAUAGACAAUUCUUAGCUAGAUUUUGGGGUAAUUGGCGAAUGUUUUAUAAAUUACAACCCAUUCAUAUCAUUUAUAAGUAUUAUGGAUCUGAAAUUGCUUUUCAUUUCGCUUGGAUGGAAUUUUAUACGAAAUGUUUGGUUAUUCCUGCAUUAUUUGGAGUGAUUGUUUUUUUAGUUGGAAAUUUUGAUUUAUUUUUAUCUGGUAGAGUUAUUAAUCGAGUAAGAGAAGUUUGUUAUUCAAAAAUGAAAAUAUGCCCACCUUGUACAUUUAGGCAUUGUCGUUACAAAGAAUUCGACGAAUUUUGCGAUAUUGCCAAAACCUCUUUUCUUCUAGACAAUAAUUACACGAUUUCUUUCUCUAUUUUUAUAACAAUUUGGGCAACAUUUUUAUUGGAAUUCUGGGCUCGCCAAGAAAACAUUUUAACAUAUCAGUGGAAUUUGCAUAAAUCAACACCGCAAGUUGAUGAAUUGCCGAAUUAUAAAGAACGACUUAGUAAAUAUAAAAAGUAUAAUAAAUACACUCACACUGAGGAAUAUUACACGCCCUUUUGUUUGAAGUUUUGGAGGAAUUUUCUGUCGUUUAUCGUAGUUUUUGUUUUAGUUUUGCUUAUUACCGCCACAGCCCUUGCGAUUAUGAUUUCGGAACAUUUCAUAGAAUACAAUGUUCAUAAACAUCGCAUAGGAAUUUUGAUCGAGUGGAUGUCGAUGAUUAUGAAACUUUAUAGUGCUUUGGUAACGAUUGUGAUAAUGAAAUUAUACGCCCCUGGCUUAGAUAAAACAUCAGAAAAGCUUACAAACAACGAAAUUCAUCGUACUCAAGACAGUUACAUGACGUCGUAUAUCUUUAAAAGCUACAUCCUCAACUUCUUUAACACUUACUUAAUGUUAAUUUACGUGGCGUUUUUUAAAGAUCUUUGUUACACCAAUCCGUCAGAUCACGGGAUUUAUAAUAAAUUUUUUGGGGUUGCUUCAAACCUUUGCCCCCCAGCUGUUGGUUGCAUCGAUAGUUUAUCAACACUCAUCUCGUUUACUAUCUUAAGGGAUUACAUUUUGAUCUUGCUGUUUAAUAGUUAUCGUCUUAUGUAA